AUGCAGCAGCAGCAGCAGCAACAACAACAACAGGACCAGGAGCAGGACCGGGGAAUCGUAAUGGUCCCGUCCUCCUCCUCUUCCUCCUCCUCCUCCUCCUCCUCCUCUUCCUCCUCCUCCGCCUCCUCCUCCUCCUCCUCCUCCACGUCCGCCGAGCUCAGAGACAUCGCGAGUGUGACAGAGGCUGGACUGCCCAAUUUCACGUUGCAGAGCGUCGCUCUUGGACUCCAAGGUGCCCUUCUUGCCGCCCUUCAGAGAGUCGCUCUGCUACCACCUGGACAUGCCGCGGCCGCCGCCUUGAAUCUCCAAGCGUUGGAGACUUACUUGACCCUUCAUCGCCUCCACGCGAGUAGCACCGCGUCGAGUGUCGGCCAGUCGCCCGGUUCCGCUUCCGGAUUGGGCAAUCAGAGGUGUUCGCCGGUUAACACAGGGUUGGAGAGCGCGUUCACUUCCACCACACCGACCAAGAGCGAUCACCUAGCCGCGGAGAGGUUGUUGCAGUCCUCGGGGGACGACGAGGACGAGGCACGGCUGGACUUUAUCGGGGACCCCGACGAGGAUUUGGCCCUGUUGGAGGAGCAGGAAGCGCUGUUGAGGGACACAUCCGUGGCGGCCUCCUCCUCAACCGACCACGAGGCCCUGCUGCGACGGAUAUCAUCGACGGAUGGGAAUCGCAUCGGCUCGGGUUCGGUGACCACCGCCGCCUCCGCGUCCCUGUCCCAGAUCGCCGCUUCCUCCUUCACGUCCCCGGCGUCGUCGUCCGCCUGCUCCUCGUCCUCCUCGUCCUCGCUGUCCUCGUCGUCGUUGUCCUCCUCGUCGCCGCUGCAGGCCACCUCCACCUCCGCCGAGUCGGGCAUACCGAGGACGUGCAGGGCGUCCAGGCCCAAAAAGCAGUUCAUCUGCAAGUUCUGUAGCCGCCAGUUCACCAAAAGCUAUAAUUUGCUGAUACACGAAAGAACGCACACCGACGAGCGGCCGUACUCGUGCGACAUUUGCGGAAAGGCCUUCCGACGGCAGGAUCACUUGAGGGACCACAGGUACAUCCACAGCAAGGAAAAACCGUUCAAAUGCGCCGAGUGUGGAAAAGGAUUCUGUCAGAGCAGGACCCUGGCCGUGCACAAGAUCCUGCACAUGGAGGAAUCGCCCCACAAAUGUCCCGUGUGCGCAAGGAGUUUCAACCAGAGAAGCAACCUGAAGACCCAUCUUCUCACGCACACGGACAUCAAACCUUACCACUGCGCCUCCUGCGGCAAGGUGUUCCGCAGGAAUUGCGACCUGAGGAGGCACUCAUUGACUCACAAUUUGGGUGUAUCGACGUCCCCUCCACCACCAGGGAUACCUGUGCCUGGUACAGGGGCCGUAGUGCUGCAAGAGACGUCCUAGUGGGCGCGUGGAUCGACUGUGACAAGUCUCGGCACCGUGCUAGGGACAUUUUAUUCUACCGAGUCCUUCUUUUCGCUUCGUUCGAUUUCGAGACGAGUUAUAAAGGAAUUUUCCAAGGAUUUUGAACGUUGAAAUCGGCGAAGGGAGGGCAAAGGAGUAGGUAAUUGGUUUCGAUAGACUGAUAGUGGAAAGUCUAAUAUUGUACUAGGGACAUUUAUUAUUUGCACCGAGUCCAAGUUUGAUAUCCAUUUUGGGGGAUAAAUUGGGGAAUUUUCGUAGGAUAGCGAAAAGAGAAGAAAAGAGGAUUAUAAUUGGUUUUAUAAAUUAUUGUGAAAAAUCUUU